UCUCCCCCACGCUAGGAGGAUGAGUGCUCUGACCAUCAGGUGUCGCCUCCCCAUGGCAGAAAAUGAAAUCCCCACUCAGAACCUGGACAGAGUGAGGCCGAUCUGCCUUUCAGCACCAGAGACAGCGACAGGCCUCCCUGCCCUACCAAGUCAGCACCCUGGACAGAGCCAGAGCUUCCAGUUUGAGCCUGAAUUCUCUUUCUCCCCCCAUCCUAGUCUAGGAUGCUGGCCCGCCUGGUGCACGGGGCUACCGGAGGGGUUGGCUGGUAGCCCACAGACAGAUACGGUGCUGAGCCGGAAGCACUGAUUUAAAGCCUCCCCACUUUUCCCUUCCAGCAGGGUGAGCGUCGGCUCAGAAAGCAAUUGACAAAUCGGUGACUGUUGAAUGUGAAUCCGAGGCAGAGUGAGUGAUGGCAGAGCCCAGAGAGACGCCAGAUGUUGUCUUGGCCAAACUCGCCAGCUCCCCGGCAGGAUCCCUUCGGGAAAGGAAAGGGGGGACCGGCUUUAGAAGCGGCACCUCACCCAGGAGUUCGAGUGACGGGGGCGAGAGGAGAAAGCCCCAGGAACCGGGGUGGCGGGGCCGGGCUGCUCAAUGGAGCGAGUAACUCAAGGCUGCCGGGCCCAGCAGGGGUUAGCGGGGCUCUCAGAGUCCCCUCCCCAGGGAGUCCCUCCAGCCUGGGCCGAGGGAGGAGCGGGGAGCGCUCGGAGACCCAGCCCGAGGCUCUCAAUUGCGGGGUGUCCCGGCCUCUCCGAACCGGGAGUGAAAUUCUCGCCGCUUGUCCGGCUCUCCGCGCUCCCCCCCCCCCAGCGGUCAGUCUCUCCGCGGUCCCUACAAACCCCGCUGCUGAGCGCGGCUGGGCCGCCGCCUGCUCCCGCUGUGGGUCUGAUCCCUCUUCUCAGCCGGCGCUUGGGGGCCUCCGAUCCCCUCCCCGCGUUCCCCGCAUGGAUCGCAGCCGGCUCGGGGCGAGGAAAGGCCGAUGGCUCUGAGCGGAUCAGUGCCCGGGGCUGGACUGGCUUUUCUUACACACCGCGCAGCCAACCGCUGCUUCCCGAAAGCGGAGCCACUUCGCUGUUCUGCGAGUCUCCGCUCAGCGCCCGUCCCCCACGCGGGUGCUUGUCGUGAACGAACUGAGGGAAACUCUCCAGCCAACCCGGCUCCUCGCCGUUUGAACAUUAACAAUAACAAGCCCCAUAAAAGUGACCUGGCGAGAGUUUGGGUUUCCUGGCCGCCAGGAACGACCACUCCUCGGUGCCAUACAAUUCAUUAUGAUUUACUGGGGGAAGGGAAAAUGCUAAUUCUAGUUUGGGAGUCCCGCUUCCUACCUCCAAAACAAGCAAGGGAAGGGGACCCUUGUGCGCGCUUUGGGGUCAGAGAAACCAGAGGGACGGAGCGUGGGUAGAACCAGAGGGAGCGCUGGGGAUGGAUGGAAAGAUCCAGUGUUUUCUCUGUGCAGUCCCUAUAUGGACCGUAUCGUGUUCCACGGGCACCUCUGUGCAUUGGAAGCGGCCCGUAGCCGAAUGAAUCCAUUUUAGAGCCGGGUUUGUUAUGGGGGGGUGGGUAGAGAGAGACACCGGUUUCCGCGGUCUGGGGGUGCCCCCAGGAAAUCAGGACGGGGGCUUGGAAGGAACCGCUAGGAGAUCACCUACAUUGUCUCCGGGAACGAGGAGUCCCUUUACAAAGAAAAGAGGCGCGGACCGGACGGCCGGGGUGGGUUUGGCCGGAGCUGGGAUAUGAGGCGCUGUCCCUUUAAAAGUUCAGCCUUGCUCCGGGGGAACAGCGCGCUGGCAUUGUCCAGUUUGAACCGAGCGCCGGAAAUGGAGCCUGGGAGCCUGCACUGGUCACUCAGCCAUUGUCCUGGGCCAGCCAUGAAAUCUCUCUCCCAGAGGAGGGGGGGAGCUUGGAGCCACCCACCCCUGCGAAAGCUCCGCUCCCUCCAGCCCUCACCCCUUCAGGCCAUGCAAAUCGGGACCCUCGGUUCCAAAUGCAGACCCCCACACCCCGCCAGCUAGCCCCUCCCCCAAGCCAAUAUCAGUGGAGAGACGACAGCGCCCCCCCUCCCUGAAUAGCCAAAUGGGUCAUUUCCGCUCCAAAUAUGUAAUGCCAAAUAUGCUGGCCAGGGAGAGCCUAGAGUUCAACGAGCCAGAGAACGCGCCCCCCUUCCGGGGCAGGGGGAUCGGAACCCGGGAUCCAGCAUUUCCCGGGGAGCAAGUGGAUUUCUCAGCCAAGAACCCCCUUUCCUUAGGGGUCUCCCCUCUGCUGUACGUCCGGGAACCCCCCACCCCCGGGGGUCUCCAAUCCCAUCCAUCAGCCCCAAUGGAGCAUUGAUCGCAUCUCAUUUGAUCUGAUUGCCUUUUAACCAGCUCUGGGGCUUCGCUUCCAAUCCCCCCUGCCCACCCCAGAGGCCCGGCUGCCGUGGGGGUGGAAUUAUAUCAUUGAACUUUACGGGAGGGGCAAAGAUACGUGCCCUGUCUAACUUCUUUGGAAGGGGUGGCUGUGCGAAGACGGGCGAGGAGCCCGCGGGAGGCUCCCCCAAGCCAGACGAGGAACCCCAGCCCCUCCACGGCUCCGGGAUCUGCAAAUGGUUCAACGUCAGGAUGGGCUUCGGUUUCCUCUCCAUGACCAGCAAGGAGGGGAUGGCCCUGGACUCCCCCGUGGAUGUCUUUGUGCACCAGAGCAAGCUCCACAUGGAGGGAUUCCGCAGCCUGAAAGAAGGCGAGGCCGUCGAGUUCACCUUCAAGAAGUCAUCCAAAGGCUUGGAGUCCAUCCGAGUGACUGGCCCAGGGGGCGUGUUCUGCAUUGGGAGCGAGAGGAGGCCAAAGGGGAAGAACCUCCAGAAACGCAGAUCGAAAGGAGACAGAUGCUACAACUGUGGUGGGCUGGACCAUCAUGCCAAAGAAUGCAAGCUGCCGCCGCAGCCAAAGAAAUGCCACUUCUGCCAGAGCAUCACCCACAUGGUUGCCAACUGCCCCAUCAAAGCACAGCAAUCGCCCAGCUCUCAGGGAAAGCCCGCCUACUUCCGGGAGGAAGAAGAAAUGCACAGCUCGUCCCUUCUUCCUGAAACCAGAGAAUGAUGGUGGGGGAUUGGGG